ACAAAACACGAAAACCAUUAUGAAUCAUUUCGUAAAUUGACACUUUUCAAUUGUGAAUUGUGAGUAACGUCGAGCGAGAUUAAUUAAAUACGAUUUUGCUGCAAGCUAGAUUGAUUUCGAGGCUAUAUUUACACAGUAGAAUCAAAUUCCAAGAGAGUAAAACUAUGGCUGAUCGCCUCACUCAAUUACAAGAUGCAGUUAAUGCGCAAGCAGAUAAUUUUUGCAAUAGUAUUGGGGUUCUGCAGCAAAUAGCUACUCAAACCAAAUUUCCGGAUCGUGGGAGCAGUAAUCAAUCAGCGCCUCAGACAUCCCAGGAAGAUUUUACUCUAACGUUUGCAUCCUUGAUUGCAAGAUGCGCCAAGGAUAUAGAUUUUCUAAUCGAAUCUCUGCCCAGCGAGGAAUCUUCGACCGAAUUACAGCUUGCAAGCUUACGUCGACUUGAACAAGAAAAUAGUGAUGCCGCAACGAAAUUAAAGGAGGUCAUUGGACGAGGUGAAGCACUGUUACACCGUGUGCAAUCUGCUCUUACAGAUAUUUCUCAAUCGCAAAUAGAAAUGCAAAAAUUAGAAAAUGAUCCCAAUUCUGUUCCUGAUGUCCUUUGAUUCUAACUUUGUUGCUUCUGUUUGUUUAUACUGUGACUUUGGUUAUAGAAGUAAAUAGCAUAUAAUAUGUACUAAAUAAUGAUAAUUUAAUUUGAUGUUUUGUAAAAUACGAUAAGUUGAUAGGUGUAAGUGCCGUCCAGUUAUUUGGUAUAAACAAACAAUGUCAUUGUUUGUCAUUGUUACAAUGAAGUGCAUUAUUAUGUUGCUGAUAGUAUUCAACCUUGAUAAAAUACUUCCAAUUACUGUAA